UAGAAAUCAAUUAAAUUUAAUUUUGGCGCCAACAGAUAAAUUCGAUAACUAUGUACAUAUAACAGUUUAUAAAGGCCUUGGGUCCAGCUGAUUAAGAAUGGAUUUUGGUCACACUAUCACACAAUAGGAUAAAAACACCGGUCUUAUUAUUGUUUUUAUUUUGAAAAUUAACUUAACUCUCCGUGCUUUCAUUUGCGAAUUUGUUAUUACUGCACCUUUGAAGCAUCAAAUGUCUGACGAAGAAGAUGAUUAUAUGUCGGACAAAUUCCUGGCUGGCUUGCAGGAGGUGCGUCCCAGCCUGGUCCAGGAUCGGGGCAAGAAAAGACAGAUUGAAGUUGAAACAAAAAAAGAGGAGCAAAGGAAAAGACAAAGGGAGGCUACUGCUUCUUCUGGUACCGUGGACAAUGCACGUCUCCAGCAAUCCCUUAGCCAACCGCUGUCGACGGACAACAAGGGUUUUCAACUCCUGGCAAAAAUGGGCUACAAAGCGGGAUCUGGAUUGGGAAAACAACCCGAUGCUCGUAAAGAACCUGUGGGAAUAACGAUAAAAACAGGACGUGGAGGCCUAGGACGGGAUGCGGCCGUUGCAGAGUUGGCUACCAAGCGACAGGAAAUAAGAAGAGCACAUCUCUUGCAAAGGGCGGGCAUUGAAUCCGGUGAGGAGAUCAGCACGGAAGCCUAUAGAAGACGUGCCACUCAAAAAGCUGAGGAGAGGAAGCUGCAAUACGACAUAAGGAGAUGCCAACAAACCUGCGAGUCCUUGGAUCUAAAAGCCGGUGUUACUCUGCCAGAUUUGGAAUUCUUCUGGCCACCCCAGCCAAAGGAGGAAGGGGAUAGCGAUCCCGAAGAAGAUGAUCCGACCGAAGAAGAGGAGACGCCCAAAGAGGAACAAUACACUCCAGUCGAACAGCUGGAGCUCCUCACUGGCUACUUGCGGACCGCCUACUCGUUCUGCUACUGGUGUGGAACGCAUUACGAGGGUUCGGCAGAUCUAGACUCCAACUGUCCAGGACUGACCCGCGACGAACAUUAGUAUUAGACUAAACAAAUAAAAAGCUAGAUUAAUAAGACAUUAUUUCACAAAAAUCUCUGCAGGUUUACAAUUAUGUUACAAUAAUACAUAGUCAAAAAACA